AGGAGACACCUGUUAAACCUAGUGUGCAGUUCCUGUUUUAAGUGUGUAUGCUUGCUGCUGACAGAUGAGGAAGACAUGAAGAAGCCAGUCUGCUCUCUCUUGGCUUUGGUCAUGACCAUGCUGCUGCUCAUGGCUGCAUCUGGUGACAGUGAUGCAGCGAUGAACAUCAAGGCUGUUUUGGGUCACAGCGUUACUUUCAGAUGUCCUUCGAACCACAGCGAAGCUGUUGAAGGCUUGUACAUACAGAAAAUUAUAAACGAUAAAGAGAAGUUCAUCAACGGGUUUUAUAAAGGCCGCGACAUACCAUGGAACGAGUACCAGAUCAGAACCAAAGUGAACAAGAUGGACCUCAGCAUGGAGAUGAGAAACGUCUCAGUUUCUGAUGAAGGACUGUAUAAAUGUUACAUUUUCGUCAUCGGAGUGACAAAACCUAAAGUCUCAGACAUUAUCCUCGAAGUCACAGCUGAGUACAGCGCCCCUACAAUCACACCUGACUGCACUGAACAUAGACGUGGCGUCACGGGGGUGAGCUGUGACUUAAGCUGCUCGGCGGUGGGUGGAUACCCACAGAGCACCAUCAGAUGGACGGGGCUUAAUCCAAGUCUGACAAACGUAAUUUAUAACUGGAGUUCAGCUCAUAACGACUCCAAAACAUGGACCAUUAACCAAACCAUCACGUACAACUGCGACCAGCAAACCAAUGUCAGCUGUGCCAUAGGGGGCGCUGUUUCCAACACCAUCACCAUAUGUAAAGCACAAUCUUUCCCACUUAAGGUGAUCGCAGCCAUUGCAUUUGUGCUUGUGUUUGCCCUAUUGCUUACUUUUGUUGUGGUGAUGAAGUGCUUCUGUGGAAGACAACAUACCCCAGGUACACAAGAACACACAAACUGAUUUAUCAGGAGACACCAAACUAUACGACUUAUUAAUUACCUUUCAAAUCUCCAUUAAACAUCUGAACAUGCUUUUUCAUUUCUCUCUUACACAG